CUCAUAGUCAUACCAUCCUUUGAACAACAUAACAUGAUGGAUGAGCUUUUCAAGUGUGAUGCCAACUAUGUUCCUUUAAGUCCUGUUAAUUUCCUCCUCCGAGCUGCCGGAGUUUACUCCGGCCGCACUUCGGUCAUUUACAAGCGUGUUCGGUUCACUUGGGAUCAGACUUAUGUUCGUUGUCGCCGUCUUUCUUCUGCUCUCUUGUCUCUCGGCAUUCAAAAGAAUGAUGUGGUAUCAGUGCUCUCGCCAAACACACCGGCGAUAUAUGAAAUGCACUUCGGAGUACCGAUGGCGGGAGGUGUACUAAACACAAUAAAUACCCGCUUGGACGCCGGUAACAUUGCGACGAUCCUCAAACACUCGGAGGCGAAGAUUUUCUUUGUCGACUACGAAUACGUACCUCUAGCAAAAGAGGCAUUGAAGAUACUUAUAAACAACACAAAUUCUUCAUCAGCCUUACCUCUAGUGAUCGUCAUCGAUGAUCUCGACACGCCGACUGGAAUCCGUCUCGGUGAGCUCGAAUAUGAGUGUUUACUUGCCGGAGCUGAUCCGAACGUCGAGCUCAAGGAACUCAAAGACGAGUGGGAUCCGAUCGCCCUGAAUUAUACCUCCGGCACGACGUCGGCUCCGAAGGGAGUGGUUUACAGUCACCGCGGUGCGUAUUUGAGUACAAUGAGUCUUCUUCUACAAUGGGAGGUUGGAUCAGAGCCGGUUUAUCUCUGGGCGUUGCCGAUGUUCCACUGUAAUGGGUGGACGUUCACGUGGGGGAUGGCGGCGCGCGGCGGCGCAAACGUGUGCAUCCGAUCUCCGACAACAACUGAAAUCUACAAAGCAAUCUCCGACCACAAAGUCACACACUUCUGCUGCGCUCCUGUUGUAUUCAACAUCCUUUUAGAAGGUUCCAACAACCGUCGUCUCCCUCACAAAGUCAACGUCCUCACCGGCGGUGCCCCGCCGCCGGCCACCGUGCUGCAAUCUAUGCAACAACUAGGCUUCCACGUAACACAUGCCUACGGCAUGACGGAAGCCACUGGACCGGCGCUGGUUUGCGAGUGGCGACAAGAAUGGGACCAGCUCAGCCCUGACGUUCAAUCGAAACUCAAAGCCCGGCAAGGUAUCAGUGUCUUAACCCUCGCCGGCGCCGACGUGAUCGAUAAGACUACCAUGAAGAGUGUACCAAGAGAUGGUGUCUCUCUCGGAGAGAUUGUUCUCCGAGGAAGCAGCAUCAUGAAGGGUUACUUCAAGAACGUUAAGGACACCAAAGAGGCUUUCAAAGAUGGCUGGUUUUUCACCGGUGAUGUCGGUGUUGUCCAUCCUGAUGGGUAUAUGGAAAUCAAAGAUAGGUCUAAAGAUGUGAUAAUCUCAGGUGGAGAGAAUAUAAGCAGUGUUGAAGUUGAGAGUGUGGUUUAUCAGCAUCCGGUGGUUGCCGAGGUGGCCGUCGUCGCAAUGCCACAUUCUUUGUGGGGAGAAACUCCAUGUGCUUUUGUUGUUUUGAAGAAAGAAGUAAGAGAUAAAAAUAUUAAGGAAGAUGAGAUCGUUAGGUAUUGUAAGAUGAACAUGGCCGGAUUCAUGGUGCCGAAGAAGGUGGUUUUCAUGGAGGAGUUGCCGAAGAAUGGUACCGGAAAGGUGACGAAGGCUAAGCUUAGGGAGAUGGCUCGCCUGAUCAAGAUUCCGGCAGGUGAAACGCCGGUGACGGUGAGUAAGAAGGGAAGGGGUGUUACUGGGAGUAACGGUAAUAACGGCCGGUCUGAUCAACAGGUGCAUGUGCUUGCUGUUUCCAGGCUUUGAGAUUCGUGGAAAGGUGUUUUGGUAAUUUGGUGUUGUUUUUAGGUGCUUAUAUUAUAUAUAUAUAUAUAUAUAUAUAUAUAUG